AUGCUCCGUCUAAUCUUCACAACGACAACAAUAAUAACCACCUCCACCGCAAUCUACCUCUACACCUUCCACGCACGCCUAUCAAAACGCAUAACCCACAUCUCCCACCACGGGCCCCUCACCAAAGCCCCAGUCAAACCAAGCAUCCAAUCCCUCCCACCCCAACUCUCAAACAAUGAUAGCAAUGACUUCAUAACCCUCUACGACCGAGCCUCAAAAUGCAUCCCACUCUCCACCCUCCCCAGCCCCGACAUCCCACACCUCUUCACAAACCUAGUCCGACGAAACAUGACCGCCUUCUCGCGAUUCCCACAGGCACUGCUUCUCGCCAUGGCCAGUAAAACGUCUGAACAGAAGCGCAGUUUCAAGAAAGAGUAUCUUGCAACGUCGGAUUUCGAGGUGGGCGACUUGGUCUGUGGUGUUUAUCGUGUUGUGUCGAGAAGUGCGGAUCGGGUGGAGUUUGAGAUGGCGAUGGAGAAGAUGGAGUUUGUGCAGGGGAGAUUGGGGAUUAGUUACAGAGAGGAGGGUGGGAAUGUGGUGUUUUGUAGUGAGACUGUUAUGUGGAAGAGGGCGGAUGAGGGGAGGAAGAUGCCAUUGGAGAGAGGGGUUGUUAGGUGGUUGCAUGAGAUUGCUUCUUGGUGGUUAAUUGAUUCUGGGGUUAGGUAUUUGGUUGAUUUGGAGGGUUAG